CGAAAAAUCAAGGCAGCAGCAGGCGGAACUAAUGUGUUGCAGGGUCUGGUUGUUGGCGGAAGGAAUACACUUAGGUUCCGUUCCCAGAGGGUCACGUGUGAAGCUGUUUUGAGAGUGGAGAAUGGCCCCUAAGAAGCGUGUGCGGCUGAUCGCCGAGAUGGCAAGGAAGAUUCGGCAGUACCGUGCCCAAAAGGAGCGCCCGCGGGACUGCCAGCGCUACGCCCUGGACUACAACACCAUGACCCGGCCGUUUACUGGGAAGCAGCUACCUGUGCUGGCCUGGGAGGACGUGCGCCAGGAGAGCCGUCUGUUCUCUCUGCUUAGCGGGAUGCGCCUGUUCGGUAUCGGCCGCCUCUUCACUAGGAAGUCGUGGCUCUGUCAGCACCAGGAGCCCUGCUACUGGACAGUGACCAAGGUCAGGGUGGACUACACUGCCGAGAACAUGGACCAUGGAAAAGCUUGGGGCAUCCUGACAUUUAAAGGGAAGACAGAGAAGGAGGUGAAGGAGAUAGACAAGGCCAUGUACCACGACUGGCGGCUGAUUCCUCAACAUGAGGAGGAAGAGUUUAAGCACUUCACCCCUAUGCCCGAGACAGGUGUGCGCUAUGUGCCCUACCCGCCCCUGCUCCGCGCCAUGAUCCUGGCACAGAGACACAAAGAGGGCAUGCCUGUGGGCCAGGAGCCUGCCAUUGACCUCCACAGAAAUGGGCACUUCCCAAAGGACUAUUUCAAAAGGAUGGAUGCCAACCAGCAGGCAGAAGGGACCCCGGUAUGAGGGAUCUGGGAACUGGGAUCCUGCUGAGAGAACGGGGUGCUGAGAGGACGGGGUGCUGUGCUUCACACCACGUAUUACCAAAUGCACAGGGAAUGCAAUGCAAAAGGGGUUCUAGUUCUGUGCAAAUUGAUUGAAAUGGUCAUGUUAAGUCUGUUUUCCCCUUUAGUAAAUGUGUAACUGCUGUAACUUUUGAUUUCAUAAAAUAAAAUUGACAAUUACUGAAGUAAAAUAAAUAACAUACAAUUUA